GCGAGGUGUGUGGCUGGCGCGGGCCGCGUGGCCUCAGGCCCUCGCUGUCACCACGCCCCGGUGCAGGAGGGUGGGGGGGCCCGCAGCGGUACGAAGGCAACAGGGGGUGGCUGCAAAGCCCGUGCGGCUGGGCGUGGUGGUGACGGUGAGCCCUGAAUUCGGGCCUCGGGGAACCCCACGCUCCAUUCCCAGAAAUCUUCGCGCCGAGAGUUCUCUCUUCAAAGGAGUUGGGCCAGGGCGGCCAGAGCGUGCGGGACGCCCAGCAUUGCAGGGCCUUCCCUGAAGCCCAGCUUUCUCCGCCAACCCCGAUUCCUCCGUUCUGGACAGGGAGAGGAACCCUCAGGUCACUGGCCCACCUGAGCUGCUUUGUUAAACCUUCCCGCGCAAGGCUGGACUUUGGGAGGAAGCAAGGCAGGCUGGACAGAGGACCCAAGCUCAAAGACGUCGGCGAGCGCAACUCCGACUGCAGAGCUCUUCCAGGAAUCUGAUCUGUGAAAACCUAGAAAGUUUGUUAAGAGACCAACAUGUGCUCUCCUGCCAGUUCCAAAAUCCUAUACAGGAAUCCCCGGUUUCUCCGGUUAGCUUUUCUGCAGCUUCAUCACCAGCAACAGACUGGUGUGUUCUGUGAUGUCCUUCUGCAGGCAGAAGGUGAGGCAGUCCCAGCUCAUUGCUGCAUCUUGUCUGCCUGCAGCCCCUUCUUCACAGAGCGCCUGGAGCGGGAGAGGCCAGCUCAGGGUCGGAAGGUGGUGCUGGAGCUGGGGGGCUUGAAGAUCAGGACACUCAGGAAGCUGGUGGACUUCUUAUAUACCUCAGAGAUGGAAGUAUCUCGAGAAGAAGCCCAGGAUGUGCUUUCUGCUGCCCGUCAGCUCCGUGUAUCUGAGCUAGAAUCCCUUCAGCUAGAGGGUGGGAAGUUGGUGAAGGCUCCCCAGGGCCGAAGACUGAACAGGGAGUGCUUACAGCCUCCAGCGGCUGCACCAAUCUCUGCCAGGGUGGUGGCAUCCAGCCGCCGCCCUCGGACUCCACUGCCCGUGACCCAGACUCCUUGCCCUCUUGGGCCAGUGAGAUUGAAGUCCUCAGGGAAGGAGGAGGGGCCCCUAGAGAAAAGCAACCGACAGAAUGCAGAGAACUUGUCUGGCAGCCUGCUCAAGAAGAAGGUCAGAGCUUGCCCAACUCCACAAGAAAAAAGCUCUUCACCAUCAAGCCACAGUCAGGGACCAAGAGAGAACAAGAGUGACCCUGCCAUUGUUCCUACAGCACUUUCUCCACCCAGUAUGUACCCUUCUGUGGAUGAGCGGCUCUUGCCCAGAAAGAUCAGACUGAGUCGCUCAAAGCCGUCUCCUGAUAUCUGUACAUCCAAGCCUUCUAGCAUGGUAAGCAGACCCACCUCAGUACCCACAGCCCCUGGCCGGCGCCUUUGGCGGCAGAAGAGUAUAAAUAAAGUACCAGAAGACAAGGAGAAACCAGGGAGAGCUAGUCCUCUACAGAGCAUCCCAAGCCCAUCUGGCCUUGGGAAGACAGGUGGGAGCAAGAAGCGGAGCCCUGAAGUCAGGGCACCGAACCCAGACUCUGUAGAAGAGGGGCAAGUUGGAAGAGUGAAACUUCGGAAGAUUGUCAAUGGGACAUGCUGGGAGGUGGUACAAGAGCCUCCCCUCAAAAACUCUCAAGACAGCCCUCAGAUCCCAGAAGCUCAACACUCAGAAGGGACUGCGAGUACUCAGCCAUCCUCACAUAAAGAGCAGGGACUGUCAUCUGCUCAGGUAGAACUAUGUCAGGAUUCCCCCUUGUGCUCUAGACUCCAAGACAUUCUGCUUUCUGCUAGCCACUCCCCAGACCACCCAGUGGUGAAGUCUGAGUUCGGGUCCAGUCCAGAACUGAUAGGGAAGGAACCUGGGUUGGAUAUAGACUGCAGAGAGCCCUAUGCAUUUGACACAGCCCUGCUGGGGCAGCCCUGCGAAGCCGAGGAGUACCGCAUCACGACUGCUGCUGCCACCAGUGAGCUGGAGGAGAUCCUGGACUUCAUGCUGUGUGGCUCAGACAUUGAGCCCCCCAUAGGGUCUCUGCAAAGUCCUGGAGCAGAGGGCUGCAGGACCCCUAGCUAUCACCUGACAGAAACAGGAAAGAACUGGAUCGAAGGGGAAGAAUGGUGUUUGCCAGACUUGGAACUCUGGCCAAGGGAGCUCACAGGACUGGAAAAGGAACCUGUUGGUGAGAACAAAGAGCCAAUUGAGUCCCUUAGCCCCCUUGUCAUACCCUCUGAGGUGAGUGAAGGGGAGGUACUUUCAGUAGGAGGUUCCUGGACUCCAGAUCUGGAAAUUACCAGUUCCCAACCAUUGGAUGGUCGGAGAGAUAAGCUUCAUAUUGACUCUCUUGACCCCCAAAGGUCCUAUGAGGACCUCUCACCUCCCUGUUCAAACUGGAUGGACACUGGGCCAGAAGUGUCCCUAAGUAUGGAUGAGGUGUUGUAUUCUGCUCCAGAGGCGGGCAAGGAGGUACCUGACAACUCUGAGUUGUUGGACCCGCUUCCUGCCAGCUCCGAAGAGGAAGAAAUUGAUGUGGUGGACUGGACAUCAGAGGGGAGGCUGGUGCCCACUGGUAUUCCCUCUGUGUGGCCCGACCCUUCCUCAGAGUCAGACACAGAAGUGGACAUACUAACGUAGAACAAGAAGUAGGUUAGGGGCAAUGGGAGGGUGGGAAAUGUUGGCUAGCGAAAGGUCUAUUGACAGAGGCUAGCAUAGGCCCUGUCCUCUUAGCAAAAGAGGCAGGUGUACUCUUAGCUCUCUUAAGGUCCCCUCUUCUCCUUCCCAGGCUUUGGGAGCCAGGCAAAAAUAGUACCAUAGGUACAAAAUUAUGAACUUGAACCAUCUUAUUUCAUUGUAAUCUAUUUUCCAGUUAGUGAUAAACAAGUGAAACGAUAAACUGUGUGGUCCCCAACUCUACUGGAUCAUAAGUAAC